AUGCAUUUUAGCAUUCUCCUUUCGUUGGCUGUGGGCCUUUCUGGUCUUGAUAUCGUUGCGGCGAGCGUUUGCAAGCCUAAGCCUUCUGAAUCGGGGUCUUCAUCCGCAGAAUCGGUCUCAACAUCAGGAACAUCGAGCUUGAUUUUUUCUUCAGCUUCUUCCACAAUCUUCGCGAGCACCACGACCGAGGCAAUUACUACCGAAGGCACGACUAUUGCUGAACCCACAACUACCCUGGAGGCCACCGAGACCGAGACCGCCACUACCGAAGCGAGCAGCACCAAAACCAUUGCGACAUCUAGUAUGAUCUCAGGGUCUCUCGGGCUUCCCACCACCACUCAGAUGACUGCCGUUCCAUCAAGCACCGUUCUGCCAUUAUUCCGCGUAUACGCUCAGGGCGGUCCAACAGACGACCUACCUCUUUUGGCUGACAGAAACGGAUACGCUAUUCUUCUCUACGACAACAGCCAAGGCCACUUUACCGAUGCUUUCUUUGCCGUCGAUCCCGUUACCCACUACCUCAUGCUCGAUAACGAACAGCCCAUUUGCGGCUACUUCGGAGACAACAACGGGCUCGCCAACCUGGUGAGAUGUGAGACCGGCCCAACUACAGAGGAAGUCAAGAUCGAAUGCCAGGUACCUAAAGCUACAGGGGAAUCUCUAGCAUGCAGUGUUGCUGCGUUGGUUUGUGACCCCAAUUGUAUGGCAAACGGCGAGACCUGGACUUCGAUGUAUACCGAUACGUGGGGAGGAGACGUACGCUUCAGCGCAAAUCUCGGAUCUGAUUCUGUGGAUGGAAAGUCCAAGGUACCGUUGAGAAUCGAGUUUCUUACAUAG